CGCGGGGUUCACGGGCUCCCACCUCUGCCCGCUGCGCCCCGCGGUCCCCGCCCUGGGCCACCCGCCGGCGGCCCGCCCCGCUCCCUCCCUCCUCCGGCCGCCCCGCCGCGACCUCUCCUGCCUUGCACCCGAGGGACCAUGGCCAGGCGCAGCUGGGGCUACGGCGAGCACAACGGUCCUAUUCACUGGAAUAAAUUUUUCCCUAUUGCUGAUGGGGAUCAGCAAUCUCCAAUUGAGAUUAAAACCAAAGAAGUGAUACAUGACUCUUCCCUACAACCUCUUAGUAUCAAGUAUGACGCAAGCUCGGCUAAAAUCAUCAGUAAUAGUGGCCAUUCCUUCAGCGUUGACUUUGACGACACGGAGGACAAAUCAGUUCUGCGUGGAGGUCCUCUCACUGGAAGCUACAGGUUGCGACAGUUUCACCUUCACUGGGGGUCUGCUGAUGAUGACGGCUCUGAACAUGUGGUAGACGGGGUGAGAUUUGCAGCAGAGCUCCAUGUUGUUCACUGGAAUUCAGACAAAUACCCCAGCUUUGUUGAGGCAGCUCAUGAGCCAGAUGGACUAGCUGUCUUGGGAAUAUUUUUACAGAUUGGUGAACGCAAUUCCCAGCUGCAAAAGAUCACUGAUAUUUUGGAUUCUAUUAAAGAAAAGGGUAAACAAACUCGAUUCACGAAUUUUGACCCAUUGUCUCUGCUUCCUCCGUCCUGGGACUACUGGACUUACCCUGGUUCCCUUACAGUCCCUCCUCUUCUGGAGAGUGUCACUUGGAUUGUUUUAAAACAACCUGUAAAUAUUAGCUCUCAGCAGCUGGCCAUAUUCCGCACCCUUCUGUGUACAGAGGAGGGCGAAGCAGCGGCUUCUUUGCUGAGCAAUCACCGCCCGCCACAGCCUCUGAGGGGCCGCAAAGUGAGAGCUUCUUUCCAGUAGCAGUUGUCCCCAAGGGACCACACUAGCUACAGCUGUGGAGGGAAAACACAACCGAACACAAAAGUACUUCCUAAGAGUUCCUUCCUAGAAUUCUCACUUAUGGUACUACUUUGCUAUCCACUUUAGCACCACAAAGAAAAUCAGAUCUCUUUAAUCAAACUAACUCAUCUGUUUCCGAUUUGCACUCAUGGGUGUUGAAGCAGCAAACAUUAUUUGAAGCUUGUGUAAAUCCAUGAGAUACAUCUGUUCACCUGCAUGAAAACCUGGGGGGCAUUGCAAACCUCAGAAGGUAUGAAAAACUUUCCCUUGCUGUAGAGACUGAAUCAGUCACAUCUCCCAGUGAUAUGUGGUGACAAAUUUAUAUUCAUUUCCAGAAUGAUAGGAUUGUGAUACCUUUUUCUGAAUGAGUGAUUCUGCUUAAUGUCUUGAUAUCUUUCCAGUUCAUGAAAAAUAGGUAGUAUUUCUUUUGAAGUAGAUUUGUCAUUAUAUUGCUGAUUCUCAUGGCAGGGUGCCUUUAAUAAAAUGAACAAUAUGAGACAUAUGGUUGGUAGGUUAUAGCUGCUUAUUGCAUCUACUCCACAGCUCAAAAAUAACCCAUACAAUUUUUGUGAGAAAUUCCUCAGGAUAUAAACAGCUAUUCAGACCUUAAUGAGUUAUGCCAUAUAUCACAGUCACUCGGUGGUGUUCAUGAAAAAGUGGCAAAAACUGAUCAGAUGCAAUGCUUGCUAGUUUGUGGCACUGAACAUAGUUUGAAACUAGCAGAUUACAAGUGCAGGCAGAGCAGCCCAGUGGUUGCCUGUUUUUGUUGUGUUUUGGCAACACAGCAGGGAGCAAUCCCAUGCAGGCUGCUGAUCUGUCCACUGGUGUGGAAAAAAUUACUCAACUUUAAUAUAAAUACAGUCAGCCCACAGACCUGUCAACCCGUUUCCACGGCAAAGCUCACCUCCCCUUUACACAUGUCCCUCAGUCUCUUAAGGAAUCUUAUGAAUUGGUUCUUAAUAACUCAUCUUAACCUAUUAUCUCUUGUACAUUUUUGGUGAACAAGAAUGAGGGAUGUCCUUUUGCUCUUUUUGGUACAAAUGGAGUGACCCUAAGCAAUACCUUAACCACAUUUAGGCUUGAACACACUACACUUGUUAUCUUCUGAGAGCAGUUUAACUGAGUUUCCUUGUUUUUGAUGAUUUGUUUCAAACACCUCUCUUCCUCUGGAGGUAGAUUUUAAUAAUGGAAAUUAUUCUGUAAUGCUCUUCUUGAUAGAAUCAUUGAGAAUCAGUGACUUGUGUAACAAUGAGGUAUGGCAUUGCUGAAGAUGAGCUCCUGAAGGCUAGCUGCCGUGGUCCUAUUUAUUGUCCCUCCUGGUAUCUAGCUUGAGGACUUGCAGGACAUUGACAGAUGAUAUUGAAUGAGUUGAAUAUUUUAACAAUUUUUAUUUGACAUCUUUGGUAAUUAUCUUGCUGCUUGUGAUCAAAUGCACUGUAAGUUAAUGUGACAAGUAAAUUAUAAGUUAUCUCAUGCAAGUUAUUUCUUCUUAAACAAAUACUUAUAAAAUCGACCUGUGUAAACCAGAAGUUCUAAUGGUUUGGAAAAUACCAAUGUUGAAGGGGAAGGCAUUUCUUCAGUUUGAAAAGACAUAUUGCUAAGUAUCCUAGUCACAGAAGGAAGUCUGUUUUCUCAGAGUAAAUUAAGUUGCUAUAUCUGGAGGGGCAUGUAGGAUGAGGAUUCUAAUUGCUGUGUAUGAGGAUUACCACUUUGUAAUUUAUGGUUUGUGCUACAGUAUUGCAUUUUUUUUUUACCACAAUUUGGACUUUAGUAGACUAAAAGUCUACACAGCACUAAUUUCCUUGAAGAUAGAUCAUUUAUUUAUCUCUUAGAGACAAAAGGUCUAAGUAUGUGUUAAAGUUGUUAACUUCUGAUAAGAUUAAAGAGUUAUAAAUAGUAGUGUAAAUCUUGUUUCCAACAUGUAUUGGAUUUAUGUUUGUUAAAACAUUGUAUUUUAUUUUAAAUUGGAUUCAACCAUAAUAAAAAAAAUGAAACAAACUUUGAACUGUACCAGAGACUUGCAUAUGCAAGACAAAGAAUGAGAUUACAUUUUUGUACUUUUUAUUUGGAAAAUAAUCUUAAACUCAUAGAAAAAUUGCAAACAGUGCAAAAGCCGUUUUCCCCCCUGAAUUAUUUGAGAGUAAGUUGCCAACCUGCUACUGUAUCAUCAAACAUUAGCAUGUGUAUUUACAUAUACACAAACUUCUGUGUAUAUUUCCUAUAAGUUAGGGUGUUGUCCUGCAUAACCACAAUAUAGCUAAAACAACCACGAGGUUAACAUUGCUUUAUCAUUACCACCUAAUCCAUUUAAGAAUAACUUGUUCAUUUAAUUAUCAUGUUUCUCUCAAUUGGGAACAGAUUCUCAGUCUUUCCUUGGUUUUCAUGAUCUUGACACUUUUGAACAUUAUAGAUUAGUUAUUUUAUAGAAUGUUCCUCAGUUUGGGUUGUUUAAUUUUCCUAAUAAUUAGAUUCAGAUGAUGUCUCACUGGCAGGAAUGUCACAAAAGCAAUGCUGGAUGUUGUGUUCUUGUCCUUACAUCCUCUUGGGCAACUGACUUUGUUACCUUCUUACAGAGAAUAUUCACUUUCAUCACUUGAUUAAAAGAUUGUUUGUAGACUCCUCCAUUGCAAAGUUGCUCUUUUAUCCUUUGCAAUUAGCAAAUAUUAGUGUGGAGAUGUGCUUUGAGACCUGUAAGUAUCCUGUUUCUCAUUAAACCUCUAAUUUGUUCAUU